AGCCAAUCAGAAAAAAGAUCCCAGCUUUAUGGAGCAGCGACUCCGUCCGAAGACUGAUAUUUCCGACAGCAUUUAAAAGCAGCACUUGUCGGAAUCAGGGUGACGCGCAGCUCGGACCCAACUCAACUUCACGGAUCAAAGUCAGGGAAACAAUUAUGAAAGUCCCAGGGGUUAUAACUACAGGAGCCCUCUGUCUGCUGAUUUGCGUGUGUUCAAUCAGAGGUGACUACUGUGAGGUGAAUUCUUGCCACAAUGGAGCGACAUGUGUGACGGGAGUAGGAGAGGAUCCUUUCAUCUGUAUCUGUCCGGACGGCUUUGGGGGAGACACGUGUAACCUGACAGAGACAGGCUCUUGCAACCCUAACCCGUGUAAGAAUGACGGGUCUUGUGAGGUCAUCACUCCGACAAGAAGAGGGGAUGUCUUUAAUGAAUACGUCUGCAGGUGUCAGCCUGGCUUUGAAGGCGUGCACUGCCAGAUCAAUGUGAAUGACUGUGCCAAAGAGCCUUGUCGAAACGGAGGGAUCUGUCGAGAUCUUGAUGGAGACUACACCUGCCAGUGUCCGUCUCCGUAUGUUGGGAAACAAUGCCAGCUACGUUGCAUUAGUCUUUUGGGUAUGGAAGGAGGAGCGAUCGUGGAGUCCCAGAUUUCUGCGUCCUCUGUGCACUACGGUGUUCUGGGUCUACAGCGCUGGGGCCCAGAGUUGGCCAGACUGAACAACGAAGGCAUCGUCAACGCCUGGACGUCCGCCAGCCAUGACAGGAACCCUUGGAUUGAGAUUAACAUGCAAAAGAAGAUGCGCCUGACAGGCAUCAUCACUCAGGGAGCCAGCCGCAUGGGCUCAGCAGAAUACAUCAAGGCCUUUAAAGUGGCCAGCAGCUUGGAUGGUAUCAGCUAUGUCACAUUUAAAGGAGACGGCAUUCGAAAAGAUAAGGUUUUUGUAGGUAACGUUGACAACGACAGCACAAAGACCAACCUUUUUGAUCCCCCCAUUGUAGCCCAGUUCAUCCGCAUCAUCCCGGUGGUCUGCCGCAGGGCCUGCACCCUGCGCAUGGAGCUGGUGGGCUGUGAGCUGAAUGUUUAUUCAAACACGGCAGGUUGCUCCGAGCCCCUGGGAAUGAAAUCUCGACUCAUCUCUGACGACCAGCUUUCAGCCUCUAGCACUUUCCGAACGUGGGGAAUCGAUACCUUCACCUGGCACCCUCAGUUUGCCCGGCUGGACAAGGCGGGGAAGACGAACGCCUGGUCUCCUGCUCAAAACAAUCGCUCAGAGUGGAUCCAGGUGGAUCUUGGUAAAACGAAACAGCUCACAGGCAUCGUCACUCAGGGAGCUAAAGACUUUGGAGUGGUGCAGUUUGUUUCAGAGUUUAAAGUGGCAUACAGCAAUGAUGGAGAGUCAUGGAGUAUCGUGAAAAAUGAGAACACUGGUGGUGAUAAGAUUUUCCAGGGAAACAUUGACAACAACACUCACAAGAAGAACGUGUUUGAGCCCCCGUUCUACGCUCAAUAUGUACGGGUCAUCCCUUGGGAAUGGCACGAGCGCAUCACUCUACGCAUGGAGCUGCUGGGCUGCGAUGACUAAAACCAAUCUUUCCUCAUCCAUUUCUUCCACCAAGCUGUGGAACGACGACCUCUUCUAUUUGGCACUAUAUGGAGAUCAUGUCUGCUGAAUAGUUUGGACUCUAACACCUAUAGCACUUUUUAUUAGUGACUUUUUCAUGUUUACAUGGCUACAUUAUUUAACAUCCCAGCCUUUGGUGACUCAAGGAGUGCUGCUUUGAUUAUUUGUAGUUUUAGAAGCUUUAUGUAUAAAAAUGUAUUUUAUUUGGGCAAUUUACAGCCUAUAAGGGUUUAACUCCAUUAACAGCAUGCACAGGACAGAUGCUAAACUCCUUUUAAGCUUUUUCUUACUUCUGUAAAAACUUAUGAAAUUGUGGAGGACUUUUUGUUACGUCUAACUGCUCCAGAAAACACAAAAACCAGAAAAAAAGAGGACAGUCUCCAACAUUAGUAAGGCUACCACAUAAGUAGUCCUCACUUACAGGUCAGCUGAUAGAUUCUAUGUAAUUAACAGAAAUUUAAACUGUGUAAUUUUGUUCUGAUUUGAUGAUUUGUACAAUUGAUGUGAAAUAUACCGGUAAGGAAAAUGUGCACAAAAAAUAGAUUUACAUUUAUUUUUGUUUUGUAACUCAUUGUUGGUGUGAGACUAAGAUUAAAUGU